AUGGACACUCUACGCAACAUGAUGCCUCAAUGGCAUAGUUACAGCAGACUAGAGACUCGCAGUCCUGACUCGGACCCUGAGACUUUAAAGCCCGCCGGAUCCGGUUCUGUACCCUGUUGGGGGUCUUUUGCCAAGAGACUCCUUCGGCUGCCUCUCCGCACAGUAAUAAUUCUCACUGCUGCAUUUUUAAUCCUUCCUGGGUUUUUGGCGUUGACUUCAACAAAGGGCCGGGCAUAUCUCAAGGACUCAUCAGCGGAAACUGAAUCAGUCGAUCACCUCGUUACCCAAGACCGUCGAAUAGCCAUCGUUCUUCCCGCAAACAAUCCAGACCAUGAACUUUGCAAAGUCAUUACCAGUUCCGUAGCCCUUGGCUACCCAUGUCCCGUUAUUGUCAACUGGAGUAAAACCUACGACCCUUCGAAAGGAUGGAAAGGCGGUUCCCAUCUGGCCAAGAUCACGGGCAUGCUGGAGUAUCUAGACGACGUCGUCGAUCCCAAGACCCCCGACGAGAACAGAUUGGAAGAGAACGAUCUUGUCAUUUUGUCUGAUUCAUAUGAUGUCUGGUUCCAACUUCCCCCAGACGUUCUGAUCAAACGUUACCACGAAGCAAACGCCCAAGCCAAUCGUCGACUCGCCGCUCAAUACAAAGGACGUGGCAAAGUCACCAUGAAGCAAACCAUCAUCGUGUCAGCACAAAAGAAGUGUUUCCCUCCCCCAUCAUCAGGGUCCGUUCUCCACUGCGAUCAACUCCCAGACAGUCCCGUUCGCAAAGAUCUCUAUGGUCCCAACACAGACCGAAACCCAAACGACUUUCACGACAACAGACCCAAGUACCUCAACAGUGGUAGCAUGAUAGGCCCAGUUGGUGAUAUGAGGAAAUAUUUCCGUCGGGUUUACGAACGAAUGCAGAGAGGACUUGUCAAUGGCAAGGAUCUUUACAGCGACCAGGGUGUUUUUGCAGAGAUCUUUGCUGAGCAGGAACUUUGGAGAAGAUCAUUGCGUUCACACAAGUCUAUCACUAAAGACAAGGACAUUGAGUAUCUGCACGAAGAAUUUGAGUAUCACGUUGGCCUCGACUACACUCAGCAACUAUUUAUUCCUACCGUCUUUGAAGAGCAAGACGGUGAAAUCAUCGCUCUCAACGACGCAGCUGGAAUCGCCGAAAAGUCCAAGACCCUUAAUAUUCUACCCAGACUCGACAGUGUCCCAGAAGAUAUCAAAGAGUCCGGCAACCCUCUAAGUAAAAUCUCUGUCCGCGAGCUGGACAUUGUUGAAGACUGGGGAGAAAUGCCUCUCUACGCCGACUUUUUCUCCGAGGCUAUUCCUGUGGUAGUACACCACAACGCCCACAAGGAUGGAGCCAAGAAGCGGAGAUACACCUGGUGGGACCGAAUUUGGUACUUUCCGUAUCUACGAGAACUUGUAGAGACGCAACUCAAAGAGACGAAGGCGAGGUCCUUGCUUGAUAUUGUGGUUGAUGGAGAGAGUUUAGUUUACUGGGAUUCAAGAGCGAGCAAGCCUCAGAAGAAGCCUCAGACGUUUGUUGUCGGGAGCAAUGGGAACACUACGUUUACGAAGCAUGAGUUUACGGACGUUUGCAAGUCUAAGUGGGAUCAUGAGGAAGUAAAGAAGCCUUGGUGGGACGAAGUGUUCAGAGAUGGAAAGGGCGACUUGAAGGGAUAA